ACGCUACUUCCGACACAGUACCUAGUGUUCGCGCGCCGUGAGACCUUCCGCGAAUGAUCGAUGGUGACUGGCCCGCGUGGUGGUAAAUCAAUGCCCGGCGAGCAUAAUUAUGCUGUAAAUCUAACUGAUGCUGCCAGCUCCCACGCGUUCGUUUGCAGCUUCGAUGUGAACUUACUAUAUAAGCCCGAUGUGGACAGGGGCCCAGAAGGACAGACCGAGUUGGUGGAAGUUGAGAGUAACAUUUCUUGGAGCUGACAAGAUUAGUUCGCUGCGCUCCGAUGCACUUAUCGAUGGGUAAAUUGAGCACACUGCUGGUGGGUCUCGCAAUGGCCGGUGCCGUCCUGGGCGGAAAGACCAGCUCCAGCUCCAAAUGUCAGGAAAAGUCCCUAACGACGGCCAGCGGACUGAAGGCACCAUCCGGUCCGUUCUGUCCCGGGGAUCUAAUUUUCGAGGACACAUUCGAUGGAUUCGAUCUGGAUACCUGGCAGCACGAGAACACGCUCGCUGGCAAUACGGAUUCCGAGUUCCAGUGGUUUACCAACAACCGUACGAAUUCGUUCGUUCGCGAAGGGAACCUCUUCAUUCGACCGACGCUGACGGUGGAUGAGUUCGGGGAGCCGUUUUUGCGCUCUGGAGUGCUGAACGUCCACGGCGGCUCACCGGCAGAACAAUGCACCAAACAUUCGCCGGACGGUUGCGAACGUACUGGGUCCCACGGGCAGGUGCUGAAUCCGGUGAAGAGCGCCAGCAUUCGGACGGUCGACUCGUUCGCAUUCAAGUACGGGAAGGUAGAGGUAAGCGCCAAGCUGCCGGCCGGUGAUUGGCUUUGGCCGGCGAUUUGGUUCCUGCCGAAGGUAAACGCGUACGGCCGCUGGCCUGCGUCCGGCGAGAUCGAUCUGCUCGAAUCGAAGGGCAAUCGGGAUCUGAUUAAGAAUGGCAUCAAUGUCGGCAUCGAGCAGGUCACGUCCACGCUAAAGUUCGGUCCGAACGCGGCGUACGGUAGCGGGUACGGUGCUCCCGGCACUUCCUUCACGCGCAACUCGGAAUCGGGCAAGGGGUACCAUACCGGGUUCAAUCGGUACCAGAUGGAAUGGACGCCCGAUCAUGUAACGUUCAGCAUUAACGACAUCGAGACGGGCACGGUGAAGGUCGGUACUGGCUUUUGGCAGAAGGGCAACUUCAACAUCAGUACGCCCGGCAUCGAUAAUCCGUGGCGGUACGGCAGCAUUAUGGCCCCGUUCGAUCAGGAGUUCUACUUCAAGAUAUCAGUGGCCGUCGGCGGCUCGGAGUACUUCUCCGACGAUGACAUUAAUCCGACGCACAAACCCUGGCACAAUGGGGCACCGAACGCGAUGACCGAGUUCUGGAAUGGCAAAAAUGAUUGGUUGCCAACGUGGAAGCUGGACGAUGCCGACUCGAAGGAUGCAUCGAUGCAGGUGGACUACGUGCGCGUUUGGGCUCUGUGAUGGAGGUUGGAGGGAGAGAUAAGGG